CGUUCCUGCGGGGGCGCGCGCGUGCUCCCUAAUCCCCCGCCUUCCGGCUCCGGCUCCGGCUCCGGCCCCGAUCAACCCGGCCGCGGCCGCAGCGCCCCGCUGCUCGCCGCCUCCCGGAGCCUCCACUCGCUCUCGGCGCGGUACGGCCGCCCCUCAGCCCGGCGGGAGGAAGGCGAUGCCCCCGGCCGGCGACCCGGCGUCCCCCGCGCCCCGCGGGCACUCGCUAGCCGGCCGGCCGCGGCGGUGACUCCUGGUGCCGGCGCCCGCGGAGCAAGCCGGCUCAACCGCGGGACAGGCCUCGGCCGCCCGCCGGGCUCAGGAGGUCUCCGGAGCGAGUCCCCGACGCCCCCAGGAGCCUCCGCGCCGCCCUCGGCAGGACCCGCCUCCACCGGGACUGGCGUCGCCUCCUCGCAGAGCCCCGCACCCACCCGCACCGCGGGGCCCGCCCCCCACGCCGGGACAGCCCUUCUCGCCCUUCUGCGCCCCUCCCCGCGGCCAGCCCCUCAGGUCUAAGUUUGUGUCGCCGCCACCAGGUGCCAAGGUUCCUUCCCACCUCGCUCGCCCUGCACCCACCCGCACUGGCUGUGAUCUCUCGGCCCCUGCAGCUGCCCCCGGUCCGCGAGGGGCCCCCCACCCGGCGCGGCCCUGCGGACCACACGGGGGGGGGGGCUGUGUUUUCCCCUGACGACUCCCUUGAUGUCACGGCUGCAAGUUCUCUCCUGACUUACAACUACCUACCAGCACCCUCCCCUGCUUUUGCGAGGUACCCUCCGCCCCGCCCCCCAGUCUCAGGCUCAUUAGCCAAGAAUCGCCUCUGUCACGCAGGCGGGGGGAGUCGAGGAUGCCAUAGAACUGCUGGCAGGGGGGCUGUGCACAUUGCAGUACUGUUUGCAAUCUCCAUAGAGACAGCAGUUCUUGAAAAGACCCUAAAGUAAGUGAGGAGAGAGAGAGGAAGAGAUGAGGAUCACAUAUCCACCGGGCUUCUAGGGACGCAAAGAAGAGAUCUCAGGACUUUCCAGCCUCAUUGUGUUCAGAUCUAGCUUGCUAAGUAUCUUGUCCUAGCGCCGCCUAAAGCAUCGGGCACUUAAAAUGUUAGGGAAACGGAAGAGGGUGGUAUUGACAAUUAAGGACAAGCUUGACAUUAUUAAGAAACUAGAGGAGGGUAUUUCUUUCAAGAAGCUUUCCAUUGUGUAUGGGAUUGGUGAAUCCACAGUUCGUGACAUUAAAAAGAACAGAGAAAGGAUAAUAAAUUAUGCAAACAGUUCAGAUCCUACAAGUGGGGUAUCGAAACGUAAAUCUAUGAAGUCUUCAACAUAUGAGGAACUCGAUAGAGUUAUGAUAGAGUGGUUUAACCAGCAGAAGACAGAUGGGGUUCCAGUGUCCGGAACCAUUUGUGCAAAACAAGCCAAAUUCUUUUUUGAUGCUUUAGGGAUGGAAGGUGAUUUCAAUGCUUCAUCUGGCUGGCUAACUCGCUUUAAGCAGCGCCAUGGUAUCCCAAAGGCAGCCGGCAAAGGAACCAAAUUAAAAGGAGAUGAAACUGCUGCCAGUGAAUUUUGUGGCAACUUUCAGGAAUUUGUUGAGAGAGAAAACCUGCAGCCAGAGCAAAUUUAUGGUGCUGAUCAAACUGGAUUGUUCUGGAAAUGCCUACCCUCAAGGACAUUAGCUUUUGAUGCUGAGCAAAAUACUUCUAGUUAUAGGUCAAGCAGAGAGAGGAUCAUUAUUAUGUGUUGUGCAAAUGCCACGGGUUUGCACAAACUUAGUCUUUGUGUUGUGGGAAAAGCAAAAAGACCCCGUGCCUUCAAAGGAGCUGAUCUGGCAAACCUCCCAGUCACUUAUUUCAGUCAAAAAAGUGCAUGGAUAGAACAUUCCAUUUUAAGACAGUGGUUUGAGAAGUGCUUUGUGCCUCAGGUACAGAAGCAUUUGAAAUCCAAGGGGCUUCUAGAAAAAGCAGUGCUGCUUUUGGAUUUCCCCACCGCACACCCAGAUGAAGAAUUGUUGAGUUCAGGGGACGGCAGGAUAACUGUCAAGUAUUUGCCACCAAACGUCACAAGCCUCAUUCAACCUAUGAGUCAGGGGGUUCUGGCUACAGUAAAAAGAUACUAUCGCACAGGACUCCUCCAGAAAUACAUGAAUGAAGGAACGGACCCAAAAAUGUUUUGGAAGAACUUGACGGUGUUGGAUGCAAUUUAUGAAGUUUCGAGAGCUUGGAACAUGGUAAAAUCAAGCACCAUAACCAAAGCAUGGAGAAACCUCUUCCCUGACAAUGAAGAGAGUUCAGGCAUGAGCAUUGAUGAAGGAGCCAUUUUAGCUGCUAACCUAGCAACAGUUUUACAGAAUACUGAGGACUGUGAGCCCGUGCACAUUGAGAAUAUCGACCAGUGGCUUGAAUCUCGGAGUAGCGCCUCAAGCUGUCAGGUGCCAGCUGAUAGUAAGGCCACUGAGAUCCAGACCAGGCUUGUUGAGCAGAAGCCUUCCAAUAAGAUGAAAAAGCCAGAACUGAAUCCAGAAAAGUACAUCAGCCAUAAAUCUGCACUUGAAUGGACAGAGAAUUUGCUAGAUUACUUAGAACAACAAGAUGAUAUGCUUCUGUCUGAUAAACUGGUGUUACGGAGGCUUCGAACAAUAAUACGAAGAAAGCAGAAGAUCCAGAAUAACAAAAGUCAUCAAUAGUGCUCUAAGUAUUUAUAUCCUCGUGAUAUUUGUCUGCAGUGGAGCUUAAUUAUCAUGUUUGAAGUGAUGUGGAUUCCAGGACUAAGUAAGUUUUAUAAGUGAUUUUGGAAUUAGGUGACAUUUUGGAUUACUUAAAUUACUGCUUUAAUAUCACCUCUAGUAAGUGAACAUUGACUUGUCUAUUUCUGACUAGGUCAUAAGCUAUCGGAGGCCAGGGAUCUUUUGUCUGUCUUGUGCCUGGAUUUCACUGUCUGUUGAAGGACCUUGCAUACUAAAGGCAAUCAAUAAAUACUAUUAAAAUUAAACUUGA